UAUUGAUAUAUGCACUCGUUCGCUUCGCUCUCUCGUGCAGAUAUCAAUAUCACCUCGUAGAUAAAAAUGAUAUUCCUCAAAAUCAUAGGAUAUCCUAUAAAUAUGUACUUUGUAAAAAAACAAAAGAAGUUUUUAAAUUUCAACAUUUAUAUUGACAGCUUCUUAUUGGCAUUUAAAGGAGGAGGCAAAUUAAAACCCUAUAAUCGCUCCGAGAAGGGAAGAUAAAAAGUGCUACUUUAUUGACUGGUCACGUGGCGUAAAAGGUCAUUAGAACUUCUCAACUUUUCAUUGAGGUCUUGCCAAUAAAUAAUUAGGUUCAUCUUUUUCAUAUCAUGUGAGAAUGAUCACCUUAUAAAAUUAUUUCUUUGCAAAUAAAUUUUUAACAAGGGUUAAAUGAUCAAAAAUACGUCAACACUAACCAUUUCACUUUGCUACUCCCUUUGAUAUAAUCUAUAGGUUUUCACUCAACUGGCAACUUAAUAUUAUAAAAUUGAUGAAGGGUAAUCGAUUUCACAACUGAAUCUAAAAAUAAUCACGGUGCUUGGUUGUCAUUUUAACAAUGCGGGUUAUUUGAGACAUUAUGUUCCGAUAGGCUGGAAUGUGUGAUCAAAUAAUUUAAGCCCAGAAUUCAAUGAAUUCUAAGAUGAUUGAACAACUUUUGUAUUGUUUCCAGACUAUGCAUUUGUGCGACAGCGACAAGACGUACACUUUGUAGACAUGAGUGGAUUAAAUAUCCAACAUCCAUUAAGUCAUAAGCUUAAAUUCUUUUCACACAUUGUAAAAUAUUUUUUACAGUAUCUCCUAAAAGACCAUAAACUUUGACAUUUGAUCUGCAUAAGCAUCUGUCUUGUUAUUCCUUAAGAUACUAUUUAUAUGUUCUGAACUGCCAACUGAAAGGAUGUAAUUGACAGGGGUAAUCAAUUUUAUUGAAGCUAAAAAAUAGCCAGUAGUUCUUUGUCAUAAUUUCAAGAAUGCAUAUCAUUUGAAAUGCUGGGUUUGAUUGGUUGGAAUCUUAUAUAUCAAACCUAGCUACAUGUAUAUUUGAGAGUUUAGCCAAUCAUUACAUGUACUUUUAAACAACCCAAAAUGUCAUUAACCUGAUUCAAACACAUCAGUUUGUAUGCAUAUGUUAAACUAUCAACUAUAUAGUCAACUAUCCUAUAAAUCAAAAGCUGAACUUCAACAAAAUAUUUAGUGUGUGAUUGAGAUCAUAAAGUACAAUGUACCUGUAUUGUGUCAAAAUAGGUCAGUUGAAAGACAUCUCUUAUUCUGUAGAGUUUUAUUGUACUAUCUAAACAUUAUUGGUCAUUUCACUAUAUUAAUAAAAUUUAUCACUAGAUGUGUAAAAAAUAUGUGGGAUGGUUUAAAUCAGGAAAUGGACAUCUAUAUUAAAACACAUUUUGUAGAUAUUGAAGUCAGCAUUUUACACUGCAGUGUCUUCUUUCAUUGUACAUGUAUUUCUGAAUUGCAUUUUCUAUGCAAUUUGUUUAAACAACCUAUAUACUUCUUUUUUGUCCUAUAUCUUCAAACCAUUCAAACUUUUUAUGUUUUUUGUAUUUUUUAUGAAGACAGCUUCUUGCCUAUAUACUUUGAUUCAUACCCCACUUGUGUUAUCUUGAGUUACGAAUGGAAUGCUUGCCUCGAAAGCAUCACUAUUCAUUGUAAAUGUACGAGGGUUGCUUACUAAAUAAUGAAAAAAUAAAAAAUACUCCGGGUAACCUCAUCCAUAUAUGUUACAUUUGAUCUAACUUUAAAAGCACUAAGAAUAAAAUAUUUGGUUGAAUAUGAAGACACACGUAUUGCCUUUAAUCUACGAAAAUUUCAUCUUUUCCUUCACAAAUAAGAAACUGGGACCAUUUGUACCAGUAUUACCUGACCGACCCUCGUACAUAUACAUGUAGAUAUCACAUGUGAUUUCAAUACAGGCGGCACUUUAUCGAAUAUUAAAGCACUCUAAUGCAAAAAGAAAUCGACAAUGAAUUUCAUACAAUUUUCCAUAUUACUGGUUUUAUGCUUUACAACAAUAAGGUGUAGCAAAAUUUUGAUUAUGCCUAUGGAUUUUGGAUACAACAGCAGAUUGAUGAACAUGCUAAAGAUAGGAAAUGAGUUACUUGGUGCAGGUCAUCAAAUCACUGUGCUGGUGUCGGACAAUAUUGAGGAAGAUGCAUUGUACAAGAUGGUGGAAAGGGACAGUAUAAGAACGUCAUUUGAAGUAAUACGCUAUCCCAUGCCUCCGGUUGAUCAAACAAAUGAUGAAAAUUCUCUUAAUCAGGAUUGGAUUAACAGCAUGAUUGAAGCUGGCAGUGGCGUUGAAAAUCUUAAACAAUUCAUGGACAUAUUUUGUUUUACCUUCUCUCAAUCACUGAAGGUCUGGGACCAGAUAGCCAAUGAAAAUUUCGACCUAAUUAUAGCAGACGAAGGGAUGCAUUCUGCACGUUUGAUUUCUGCCAGCCUCGAUAUUCCAUUGAUUAUAUAUUCAAACUGGGGACCAAUGACUGCUGACAUUGGAUAUGUACAAAGGUUUAAUCUUGCUUAUGUACCCGCCUUCCUCAAUGCACUUACAGAUACUAUGUCCUUCACAGAAAGAGUUUCAAACAUAUGGGAAUAUGUUCACCUUCGAGUAACAAUGUCGGAUUUGUUCGAAAAAAUGAUAGCGAUUUGUAAAGAAUCUGGCCAUGGCGAUGCCUGUGAUAACAUACGAGAUUCACCUAAGACUGUCUCAUUGGUGUUCAUCAACAGAAAUGAUGCCCUGCAUUACCCGGCCCCCUUCAUGCCACACGUCAUAUCCCUCGAGGGAUUUUUCAUGGACAAGCCAAAACCUUUGAGCCAACACUAUGCAGAUAUCAUAAAACAAGCUGGAGAUAAUGGAAUUAUUGUUGUGAGCUUUGGAUCAAUGUUUCGUAGACUCUGGCCUGAACUUCGUUCUAUAUUUGCCAAAGCAUUCGCAGCUAUGCCCCAAACGGUGAUAUGGAGUUACGAAGGCCCUAGGCCAGAAGGUCUUGGUAAUAACACUAUUGUUAAUAAAUGGAUACCUCAACAAGACUUAAUGAGCCACCCUGCGACUAAGCUUUUUGUUACCCAAUGUGGAGCUGCAUCAUCCUUCCAGGCUUUGAAUAACGCUCUACCAACCAUUGGAAUCCCAUUCUUCUGGGAUCAAUUUUACAACUGCCGUUUACUUUCCGAUCGAAUAAAGUCAGGCAAGACAAUCUCCUUGAAGAAGAUCACCAGUGAGGAACUCCAGCGAGCCAUGGAGGAAGUUAUUAAAGACGAAACAUACAAGGAGAAUGCUAACAAAGCUGCAGCGAUAUACCAUGAUCAACCAAUACCACCACGAGAUAAAGUCGUCUACUGGGCUGAAUACGUAAUACGCCACAAGGGUGCACCUCAUUUGCGCUCCCAAGCCGCUAAUGAACUGAAUUUUUUUCAGUACUUCUUACUAGAUAUCGUAGCACUUGUAUGUGUUGUCUGCAUUAUUGUUGGGAUAAGUGUAACUGUAUUGAUAAAAAAGACCAUCGGCUUCUUUAGAAACAUCAGAAAGAACAAAAUUGACUAAACAUCAUCAAUGAAAAUAUGAAUAAAAUGAAUACACUUUAAAAACAGACUUGCGCUACGGUAAAUCUCUGCUUCAUGAUGUAUAAAAGUCGUGAACUAUUCUUAUCCAAGAUGAAUACUAAAAAAUAACCCCAAUGAGUAGCGGAUACCAACGAAGAUGUAUUUAUUUUAUUUUAUCAAAUCACUCAUCAUUUUGAAGAUAACAUGAUAGAAACAACCGGGUAGUAUAGAAUGAAUAUAUGAUGCAUGUAUUUCAUGUAUUUCCGAUACAUGUUCAUUUGAUCAAAGGAAUUUUACUGAAUAUUCAUGACCAUACUAGUAUGUAU